CUUCUGCUAUUCAUUCCAUUCCCCAUGUGUCAAGAACAGCAGACGUCAAUAUAUUUUUCAGCGUUUGUUUCGCGUUAAUAUGGGGUUCUAGGUGUUUUUAGAGCCGCGUACGGCCUUGUGCCACCACAGCAAGCAAAAAUGGAAGCCAUUAUGGCGUGUUUUAUCGAAAACUACGUCGCAGAGACGACACAAAUAGCACAAGAAAACUUAGUUGGAGUUGAGACAGUGACUGGAUACAAUGGCAAUGUCAGGUGUCUGGUCAUGGAAGGAGGAGCCAGCGAGUCCGCUUCAGCUUGAUGUGGACUCGUGGCUCAGCACGAGCGACAAUGUGGCUGUUGAGGUAGAAAUCACUGAUGAGGUCAAAGUGUCCAGGGCUGAGCAUGCCUCCAAGCUGCUUCACGAUCUUGACCAAUGGAGGAAAGAAGAAGAACCGUUCCCGGACUGGUUGGAGGAGAAGAUCGACCUACCGAUUUUCGAAGACCUGCCGCCCCCAUUGGUAAACUUGGACAUGAUCAACCCCGGAAUGAAGCCUAUCAACAACAUGGACAUCGCGAUGAAACCCCAGAUGAACUGCAUCUCCCCUAUGGACAUCGGGAAACACACCACCAUCCCCUCCCCCAUGGACGUGAAGCAAACAAUCAUCCCUACUCCAAUGGACAUCGCAAUGAAGCCAACUGCACCUGGAAUCGAAGUGGUCGCUAUGAAACCUCACAACCAAACGUUGGUGAUAAACCCCAUUCAGUACAUAGUUCCUCAGCAGAUGGAGCAGCCAAUGCUGAUGCAGGAGUUGCUGCAGGACGCCCUGACGCCCCCAGACAGUCCGCGGAGUGAGGACCUCGUUUUCACCAUGCUGCAGGAGAUGCAACCCCACGAGCUGGACGAGCUGGUCAGGAUGAGGGUGGAGUCGUUAGUGGAGUCGCCGGUCGACUCGCAGUGUGAGAGUGAGUCAGUGUCCAGCCCUGCACCAUCCACCUCCGACAGCGGCUACAGCGAUCCUGAGUGGACAAUGCCAUCUACAUCAGAUGUCAGGGUUCCUAAGAGAAGGAGAGUGACAAAACCUUACUCCCGCACACCACCGGAAGAGAAGAAGCUCAGGAAAAAAGAGCAGAAUAAGAACGCUGCCACCAGGUAUCGAAUGAAGAAGAAACAAGAGAUAGAAGAGAUCCUAGGGGAAGAAAAACAGCUUCUACAGAAAAACGAUCAACUCAAGGCAGAGCUAACGGAACUGGGACGGGAGAUCAAAUACCUAAAAAACCUCAUGCGCGACUUGUUCAAAGCUAAAGGCCUCAUCAAGUAAAAUUCAAAAUUUGUAUACCCUCUUUUCAAACCUAUGAGUACAAAAGUAUUUUAGUUCGCCCGACUCUACGAGGUAUGAUCUCUCCAAACUUCCUUCGAUGUUUUUAGCAAUAUUAUUUUUUGUAUUAUGAAUCUUUCUAGAAGAAUUAGCUGCGCUAUAAGCCUAUGGCUGUAAUUGUGUUGCUUUGUAUAGUCUGUGUUCUUUGUUUAGUGCUAUAUAUUGUCGCUCGUGUCGAAUGUUUGAAAGUAUUUCAGUUUUCUUGUGCCACUACAAUCUGUAUUGUUCUUGCUGUGUUUGGCUCAACCAAUGAUGUCGACUGAACCGCAGUAUGACGUACCUUGGUACCGAGGUUUGGCGGUUCACUUUGUUUUAUUGCUUCUGUUAAGGACAACAUCAACAAUACAUUUUGUCAUCGCAUUUACACUAAAACAUUCUACAAACUUUCUCGCCUUUGUUUUGUAUUUAUUGACAAGCGAAAACAUGCAUCACACAUUUAUUAGUUAAAGAAUGCUGAUUGAUAUUACUCGUUAUUUUCUAAUUAUGUUAAUAGUUAAACUGUAUUAAUUUCCGGUGCUAAAGAAUGUUCUGUUCAAAUUUGGUGUAAAAUUUGAAAACUGUGUUUUACUUGUCAAUUUUUAUGUUUAGUACUUAUUUAGUAAAAUUCUGAAAUAUAUAUCAGAAUCUUGUGAGUUGAA